CCCUAGAGUGAAACACCACUUUUUCUCCGUUUGUUCCAUCGCUUGCCGCCAACUCUUCAACCAUAUUUGAUUUCUUUCUUCUUUCUUCUCCCUCUCCAUCGCCUCCAUUAUCGGUCCCCGGUUCACCUCUAUACUCAAUUUUCUUUCUCCUCCUCUUAUCUUCCUCUCUACUGUUGCAAAACUCCAUCUCAACGUCUGUAUCAACUGUCAAGGUUUUUUUUAGCAGCAAUACAAGAUGCCCAAGUCGAAGCGUGAUAGACCAGUUACUUUAUCAAAAACAAAGAAGAAAGGAAGGGACCACAAGAAAUCAAUGGUGGAAUUGAUCAGGCAGGCUGUGGAAAAUUACAACUCAGUUUUUGUUUUCACUGUUGAGAACAUGAGAAACCUCAAGUUCAAGGAACUCAGGGAGCAGCUGAAGUCAACUAGCAGAUUGUUUUUUGGAGCAAACAAAGUUAUGCAAAUUUCUCUUGGGCGAAGUGAUUCUGAUGAGAUUCGACCAGGCCUUCACAAGGUUUCUAAGCUUUUGCAUGGAAAUACUGGACUUUGCUUCACAAACCUACCAAAAGAAGAGGUUGAGAGGUUAUUUAAUGAGUAUGAGGAUUAUGAUUAUGCAAGGACUGGAAGUGCAGCCUCAGAAAAGGUUGAGCUUAAGGAAGGUCCACUGGGGCAGUUUAGCCAUGAGAUGGAGCCUUCUCUACGGAAGCUUGGAUUACCUGUUCGUUUGAAUAAGGGUGUGGUGGAGCUUGUAUCAGACUUUGUUGUAUGCGAGGAGGGCAAGUCUCUAUCACCAGAGUCAGCCGGAAUACUGCGAGCACUGGGGCUAAGGACGGCAAUUUUUCGGCUGAAUUUGGUUUGCAGAUGGAGUCCCGGUGACUUUGAACUUUACAUUGAUGGACCAGAAAAUUCUGAUGUGGAAUCUGCCUAAAUCUCCAACACAUAGGAAUCCAAAUUAUGAUAAUAUAUAUAUGAAUGCAAUGCCAAUGCAAUGAAUGGGUGCCCCUAGGAUUCAUUGCCAUGAUAUAUAUAUAUAUAUGUGUGUGUGAUUGGGAUUCCUUCCUUUUUUUUUUUUUUUCUUUUUUCUUUUUUGAUUUUGGUUUGUUUUUACAAGUUGUUGAGUGCACCCGGUCAUUUAUUCACUUAGUGUGUUCUUUAGUUCAACAACUCACAAAGAAAUCCUCAAUUUUGUUGUGUUAAGUGAGAUGGACAAUUGGGUAUUAUGAUUUGGUAGAUUUCUUCAAUAGUAUUAUUAAUCCUCACUCAA